AAAUGAAGUUUUCCCCAAUUUUUUCAAUAGGUUGAAUGGAGGAGCAUUUGGUAAAUGAUGAUACCACCAUUGGUGGUGAAGCUGAAGAUUUUAAUGAGGAAAUGUCUGCAUCAGAAUCAGAAUCUGACGAAGAUGUGAAAUUAACUGAACCGUCGAAAACUGCAGUUUAUAAUAGAGAUGCUCUGUUGGAUAAACUUGGAGAUAUCAGUUGGCCAGAGAACGUGGGAUGGAUUCACACACUCUCCAUUGAUAUUGAUCAAGAGCAAGAAGUAGAUGUCAAUGAUGACUUAACACGUGAGCUUGCAUUUUACAACCAGGCAUUUGAGGGAACAAAGCAGGCAUAUCAGAAACUCCAGUCAAUGGGUCUCCCUUUUCUGAGGCCUCCAGAUUAUUACGCUGAAAUGGUGAAGACUGAUAACCACAUGCAAAAGGUGAAAGGACGUGUACUGGCAGAGAAGCGGAAGAUGGAAGAGGCCGAAGAGAGAAGAAAGGCUAGGGAGGCCAAGAGGUUGGCGAAAGAGAUUCAAGCCCAGAAGAUGAAAGAACGGGCCAAGCAGAAAAAGCAGGACAUUGAAUCUGUUAAGAAAUGGAGGAAACAAAGGCAACAGAGUGGGUUUGCUGACAAUAGCAAUGAUGCAGAUUUGGGUUUUGACUUUGAGGAUGGGAAGUCAUUUGAGAGGUCAAAGGGCAAAAGGCCAGGAGUGUCUCCGGGUGAUCGGUCAGGAGGGAAGGGGAAGCAAGCUUUUGGAAAAGGAAAGACACAUAAGAAAAGGGAAUUUAGGAAUUCCAAAUUCGGUUUUGGAGGCAGGAAGGGAAUGAAGAAGCAGAACACCGCUGACACGACUUAUGAUGUUAAGGGAUUCAACAAGGGCGAAGGCAAAGGAAAUAAGAAGAGAAAGAGGUAAAAUACACCCGUUUCUUGUAUGUUUUUCGAGGGAUGGAUAUUAUGGUAUGUGCCGAUGGUGGUGGUUCCCCUGAAAUUUUUAUCUACUCUAGUUCUAUUUUACGUGAAUUCAUUGUAACUUUCUUAUCGACAAUUACAAAUUCUUAAAUAUUUACUCCAGUUUUGGUGCUUGGUAGUUCAAUGAUCUAUUACUAUAUGCUGUCCGUUGUAUGGCAUGUAUUAAUUGUAGCUCUUUUUUGACUUGAAGACAGUGUAACUUAGGCGUAUAUUCAGAGUGAUUUAUUUACUGUUAUUUUCUGGUUUAGUUGU